GUGGCGCGGUCAAAAACCCUAGACCAUUUCCUCCCCUCCUACCCGAGUCUCACUCUCUGGCAGAGCGACGGCGUUCGACGGCGGCCCAAAAGGCGCGCCGGCCAUGGCGGCGCGGCGGCUGCGCUCGCCGGAGGAGUGUGCAGCAUGAUGAAUCCCGCGCGCUCCCCCGUCGAACGUGGCCCCGACGUCCGUGCUCAUGGCGCAUCAAGGGAGGAGGGACGCCAGCCACCGCGACAUGAGGGGCGACGGCGACGAGCUCGUCCAUUCGAGUGGCGGCGGUGGCGGCUAGUCAACGUUCCGCGCGUCGCUCCGGUGGGAGGCGACGGCGUCGCGGCGUCUCCGCCCUCGCACCAUGGUGGACGCGGUGCGGGCCCCGAAGGGAAAGGCGGCUACGCGGCGCAUUAGAUCAAAACCAACAGCUGCCAGGAGAAGAACAGCUGCUGUGAGACGGAGGCGCUGGACUGUAACCAGCCGGCACGUUCUUCAGAUUCAGUUAUCCUCUGGGACGACACGGAGGGCAAGAUUAGUCCGUCAGCCACCUUGGAUGACGCAGGUUCAGAUCGUACCCGCAGCGCAUCUCCUCCUCCCCACAGCCAUGUUUCUGCUGCUGCUGCUGCCACGGAUGAUGGCAUUGCCGUCGACUCCCCUGCAGCUUGCCUGCCUAUUGCUCCGGUGGCCGCGCCGAGGGUCCCUUGCGAAGCGUGGUGGAAGAAGACCUUCUCGUUUCUCCUUGGCAACGCCACAGAGUCUCUCACCUUCCGUUUCGUAUUUGUCGCCGACAAGCUGCAGCUCAGGCUUGAAUUCGGUGUCGACGGCCAGAAGAUAAGCUUCCCGGCGAGCAAGACACUUGGUCAGGUGAAAGUCAGCAUGCUUGGUGGAAGCCUUGUUGGUAAAUAACUGCAUAAGUUGCAUAGUAUGCUGAUGAUGAUGACAACAACGAGAAAACAAGUAUGGCAGCUAAGAUGUUGAUGAUGAUGACUACCCUUAUAUGUAAGUGGAGUAGUACUUAAUUAGUUGCUAGGCAAUGUAAUGAACAUGUAUGGGUGAGUAGUAGUGAGUACUCCGACUUCAGAUUUCAAUCUUCUGAAGUACUCUCUCCGUCUCAAAAUUCUUGUCUUAAAUUUGUCUAAAUACGGAUGUAUCAAGUCACGUUUUAGUAUUAGAUACAUCCGUAUCUAGACAAUUCUAAGACAAGAAUUUUGAGACGGAGGGAGUACUGUUUUAAACUGACAGCAUGCAACUACAUCUGGCCAGGCUAGGUGGUUAAUUCCA